GGAACACAACACUGUCGCUGUCGUACAUAUAUACGGCCAACGGAACGGUAUUGGCGCCAUUUGAAGCGUUCAGGUCAGACCAGAACUUGGGCAGGACGCUAGAACACUUUUUGGCUCUAAGCGGACGGAACGUGGAUUCAGUUCGCUUGUUCUGUCGUAUCGUGCAGGCGAGGGUGAUUUUCGAUCAUGGCCAAAGUACAGCUGUGCAAUGUCGUCGUCUUGGACAACCCUUCACCCUUCCUCAAUCCCUUUCAGUUUGAGCUGACGUUUGAAUGCAUUGAGGAGUUAAAAGAAGACCUGGAAUGGAAAAUGAUUUAUGUCGGUUCAGCUGAGAGUGAGGAGCAUGACCAGGUAUUGGAUACCAUUUAUGUGGGACCUAUCCCUGAGGGAAAGCACAUGUUCGUUUUCCAGGCUGAUCCUCCAGAUGUCAACAAAAUCCCUAUCGCUGAUGCUCUUGGAGUCACUGUAGUCUUGCUCACUUGUUCCUACCGUGGCCAGGAAUUUGUGCGAGUCGGCUAUUUUAUCAACAAUGAAUACAAUGAUCCAGAGCUGAAAGAGAACCCACCAGCUCAACCUCAGUUUGAUAAGGUUCAUCGUAAUAUUCUUAGCUCUCAACCUAGAGUUACCAGGAUCAAGAUAAACUGGGAUGAUUCGGAAACAUCCACUCAGACUCAAGAACAAAAUCAAGCAGUAAAUGAAGAGACAAUGGACUCCAUGGCAGGCACUAGUGAACCUACUACCAAUGGCUUAGCAUCCAUUGGUUUCAGUGAAAAUAGUAGUCAAAGUGCUAUGGAAGUGAUGUGAUAACUAACAUUCCUUACUAUUCGAUGUAGGUGUUUUGGACUUAUUAUGAAUUCAGUCUAGUGUGCAAGGCCACUUAAUUGUAAGCUCACUCUCCUGGAUCAUUUUGUGAUCAAGUUGGUACUGUGUUCAGUUCAUGGAUCCCAAGUGUAAUUGUUUACGAAGUCUGUUGUUCAGUACGUAAAAUGUCUGUUUUUAAAUUUAAAGUUAUUUUUAUCUGCUGAAAGUUCCAUUAG